AUGCAGUGUGGAGUCACGGAAAUAGAUGCGCUAUCGCGCAUCGCCGCUGGCCUGAUUGUCAGGGUUGGUUACGCGAUGGACCGGCUCUUGAGCCUCCUUCCAAGGACGGCUCCUCUACAGAUACAGGUCCCUGACAUCGCGACCACCAAGAUCGAGCCUCCCCGACUGGAAGAUAUCGCUAUACAAAAGGCUCUUAAUGAGGUCCUUGAGUAUUAUACAGUUCACCAGCCUAAGAAUACAACGAAAAACUAUGAGCCAAAGCAGAAGGAGUGGAAGGCCUGGUGCAAAAAGAUGGGCUUCAAGGAAGGCGGUAGAUAUCUUCCAGGAGACUAUGUUGACGAAGGGAAGCUCCUCCUCUUUAUUAAAGAGGAAGUUACCAGCCGCCCUCCACGCCGCAGACGGAGGCUCAAGGCAGAGAGGAAGCGCAAGAGAACAGCAGCAGCAGAAAUACUGUCAGAAGGGCCUCCCUCUAAGCGGAAGAGAGAGAAGAUCAGUGUUCCCUCUAUGGCAUUUGAAGAGCUACCUGUUGAGAGCAAUGAUGACAAGGCUUGCUCUGAACUUGUCCUAAUAUACAAUACUGUACGAAGCUAUUACUCUGCUAUUAAUAAGCUCUGGGCACAUCAGACCUCAUUAGGCCUCCAUAAUGUAGUGCGACCACAGAGGAUAGCUAUGACUACUCUGAAGACAUUGAUUGCCCAAGGCCAGCACCAACGCCAACAUGAUGAGUUUACGGACCGUAGGCUAGCUACUAUACGAGAUGGAUAUGUUGCUUCUCAGAUUCCUGAUCUUACAAGAAAGGUCUAG